AUGAUAAAGUUUUGGAACGACCACGUUCUGGGCAACAAGCCUGGCUGCUUAUACGUGUCUGGCUCGCCCGGCACUGGCAAGACCGCCAUGUUGGCAGAAAUCGUACGCAGCCACGAAGACGUUGUAUCAGCGCUCGAUUCACAUAAAGUAAAAGAGGUCGUGAUUAACUGCAUGAGUAUCCGUGAACCCAAGGGCAUCUACACAAAACUGGUCACUGAGCUCAAAACGGCACGACAAGCAGUGCAAAGUGAUGUUGUCAAACAAGCAGAGCAGCUCUUGAAUGGAAAGAAGAAUGUUCUCAAUGUGGUCAUUUUAGACGAAAUUGACCAUUUGAUUACAAGAGACCAGGAUGUGUUGUACAAGAUUUUCGAGUGGGCCUCAUCGCCUGCUUCCCGUCUUGUACUUAUUGGUAUUGCCAAUGCUUUGGAUCUUACCGAUCGACUGUUACCUCGUCUACGCACAAAGAACUGUGAACCACAACUCCUCGACUUUAACCCUUACAAAGUCCCAGAAAUCAGCGCAAUCAUCAAAGACAGACUCCAUUCCCUUGACGCCGAUUCCGCAGCACCUAAAGAAGGUGCGUCUCUCCCACUCAUGCAACCCAAUGCGGUUGAACUCUGCGCACGCAAGGUGGCCGCCUCCAUGGGCGACUUGCGCACUGCGCUGGACGUAUGUCGACGUGCGAUCGAACUUGCCGAAGCCGAUUGGAAGCGCAAAAAUCAGCAGCAAAAGCCGGUUUUGGGCGAGCAAAAGAACGAUGCAGCUCCACAACAAUCCAAAAAUGUUGAUAUUGUGAAGGUUGCUAUUCCACAUAUCAUGAAGGUCCUUCAGUCUGUGUUUGGAAGUCCAGCGGUGCAGAAACUGAAGCAGUUGAAUCUACAGCAAAAAGUGGUAAUGGGCGUGCUCAUGGUCAUGAUGCGGAACGCGAAGAAAGAACAAAUCACACUUGGCAAGGUAAAAUAA